AUGUCUAGACAUCCAUUUUAUAAACGAUUAUUCAAAGAAUAUAAAGAAAUAUCAAAUAAUGAUUUACCAGGGAUAAAACUAAUCUCCACAAAUGAAGAUAAUUUAACUCAAUUUUUAUUUCAAAUGAAUAUAAAAGAUAAUCCAAUAUAUUUAGAAAAUGAAAAUUAUUAUUUAUCAAUAACAAUAACAAAUGAUUAUCCAAUUGAUUCACCAUCUGUUAAAUUUAUUAAAUUGAAUCCUUCAGAUAAAAUAGUUUUACAUAAUCAUGUAUAUUCAAAUGGUCAUUUAUGUUUACUGAUUUUAGGAGAAGAUUGGACUCCUGCUUGUACAAUUCAAAGUAUAUUAUUAAGUAUUCAAAGUAUGUUACAAAGAAAUACAAGUAAAGAAAGACCACCCGAUGAUGCUCAAUAUGUAAGACAUGCACCGAUUGAUCCAAAAGAUUCUAAUUUUGUAUAUCAUGAUGAUAAUGUUUAA